AAAAUGCAACCACAAAUGCCUAAACAUGGGUUCAAAAUUAAUAUAAAUCAAAACAAAUCCAUAUUCCAGUUAAUAACAUUUCACGGUAUUGUAAUUAUCCAUACAAAAUUCGAUCAUUCUGAAGUUUGGAUCCAUAGCUCAAGACCCAGUAAAACAAAGAAAUUCCUAGUCGCUUUGGUGAGGGGUUGUCGCCUAACGUGCAGUCGCAUACCCCUCACAGUCAGAGCUGCUGCCUCAUCGCCGGCGAGUCGGCGACCACUAACGGAGGCUAAUUCCACGCCGCCGCCAUCGACCACCAUCGGAAACCGGUGGUCCAACGUUGGCCAUGGUGGUGGCCUGUUGCUGUGGGUGCAUCUGCCGCCGGAUCCCAUCUGCCGAAGGCAAGCGGCCAGAUUAAGCUGGGAAGGGGAAUGGUGGUCUGAAGCAGAGAUGUUCGCGACGGCAGUUAAGUUCUUCGCAAAGAAAGGAAAGCCAAAACUGAAACCCAUCGAGCUGAAAACACCUCCUGAGCAGACGCAGACGAUCACUCGAGCCAUCUUCGACAUUUUGAAGGAGCACGGCCCCCUUACUGUCUCAGACACCUGGGAGCGUCUGAAGGAUGUGGGUUUAAGAGGAUUGACAGGCAAAAGACAUAUGAAGAUCAUUUUAAGAUGGAUGAGGGAAAGGCAGAAAAUAAGGCUCAUAUGCAACCAUGUUGGUCCGCAGAAGCAGUUUUUAUAUACCACCUGGUUCACAAAGCCAAAGUUUGGUACUGAUAACCGUGUGCCCCACAUCCCAAAAGCCGCUAUCGGCAGCACCAGCACAUUUCUGAGAUUGCCCCCAAGUUUUCCAGAGCAUUAACUGUUGUAACCGUAUAGAUAUUGCUUAUAUUGCUUCUGUCUUCUAAACAACUGAAUUCUCUUGACAUGGCCAGAUGUUUUGGAAAAUCUUGAUAAUGGCAUUCAUUUACUGCCCGUGCACUUUAA